AUGAUAAAUGAUGUACCAGUUUAAGAAAGAAAGACUUUCACUUUGUCUAGCAAGCCUGAUAAUACUGAAGAAACAUACUCUAUGGCUCCUGUUUCUUAAUUUGCUUAAAACUUACUUUCAAAAAUGGGAUUUCAAUAAGGUUAACCGAUUGGCAAAAAUCCUUAUAAAAGCUCAGCAUUGUUAAAACCGAUUGAAUUUCAAUCAAGAGGAGAUAGAGAAGGGUUAGGAGUGAAUCCAAUGAAAACAUAUAAGUAUGUUGGGGAAAAGGAGAAAUAGGAUAAUGAUAAAUUUCAAGAUGUGGUCAUUUUAAGUGGAAAAUACAAGAAAAUGAAAGGAGUCAAAUUAGAUGUUAUUAAAACAUAAGGAUAGAGUGAUACUUAUAUAAUUGAAUUGAAAAGCAAUGGAGAAAAAAUAAAAAUUGCAGCAGAUUAAGUAGUAGAAGCUAAAUUAUAUAAAGAGGAAAAGAGCAGAAGUAGAUCAAAAAGUAAAUCACAAAAAUAAUUAAAAUGGAUAACUUCAGGCAUAGUAGUAAAGGUUAAGAAUAAGCAUUAUUAGGGUGGUAAAUUUUAUAAUAAAAAAAUAUCUAUAUCUGAUGUUUAAGAUGAAUAUACUUUUAGUGCUUUAGGUUCUCAUGGAGAACUAAUAGAGGAUUUGAAAGAAAAGGAUGUUAAAGUUACACUUCCAAAAAAAGGAGGAAGGGUUUGCAUUGUCAAGGGAGAAUUUAAAGGAGAAUUGGGUUAAUUUGUGGAGAAGAGGGAGAAGAAAAUAGUGUUAGUUAAGUUGGAAAAUGGUAGACUAUUCGAAUUUGAGAAGAAAAGUGUUUGUAGAUUAAUUUGA